CUGAUCCAGAUCUUUUUUCUUUCCUGUGGGUGAUAUGUGUGCAUUGUGUGACUGGCCUGCUUUUUGUCUUACAGAAAAUUUGUUGACUUGGGUUUACUAAGAAGCAGUGGAAUUUGGAGAGCCUGGUCACAUCAAAAAGCAACAUCAGAUUUAUGAAAAACAUGGAAUUUCCCAUGACUUUUUUCAUGGUUUUUAGUACUCUGCUUUUUCUGUGUUCUUCAUCAGCAUAUGCUCAGAAAACUGCUCUACCCCCCUCAAUGAGCCCAACUCCAGCCCCAGCACCAGCACCAGAAUAUGUCAACCUCACAGAUUUGCUCACUGUAGCUGGUCCAUUCCACACCUUCCUCAGCUACCUUGAGUCCACCAAAGUCAUAGAAACCUUCCAAAACCAAGCCAACAACACUGAGGAAGGCAUCACCCUCUUUGUACCAAAAGACACUGCCUUCUCUUCUCUCAAAAAGCCUUCUCUAUCCAACCUCACUAAAGACCAGCUCAAAUCACUCUUGCUCUUCCAUGGCUUGCCACAUUACUACAGCCUUUCUGACUUCAAAAACCUCAGCCAAUCUAGCCCUAUUCCUACUUUUGCUGGUGGCCGAUACACUUUGAACUUCACUGAUGUGUCUGGGACAGUUCACAUCAGUUCAGGAUGGACAGACACAAAGGUUAGCAGCAGUGUUCAUUCCACUGAUCCUGUUGCAAUUUAUCAGGUUGAUAAGGUUCUUCUUCCUGAGGCAAUCUUUGGCACCGACAUUCCUCCAACCGCAGCUCCAGCACCAUCUCCAGAUAUUGCCCCUGCAGCAGAUUCUCCAUCUGAACGGACUGCUGAAGGCAAGUCAUCUCCCACAUCUUCCCCAAAUUCUUCUUACAGGAUGAUCAGCUGGGGAAUUUGGAGUCACAUGGUUUUGGCACUUUCAGGUGUGAUGGUCUUGUUCUUGUGAGGGGGAAUUUGUUGAAUCUUUUUAUUUAUGUUGAGAGGGUUAUUCGGAUAUCUUUCAUUUGCUUUCACUGAAACCAUUUUUUUUUUUUUUUUGAACAUAUUUUGUUGUCGAAUUUAUGUAUGAGAAUGUUUAAUCUGCCAUUUAAAUUGCCUUUGGUU